CGCAAAACAGAAAAAAUAGACAUCCUUAUUUAUUAUAACCAACAAAUUUCAAAUUUGAUUUCACAAAAGAAUGGUACUAUCAGAUGAGAGUAGCGAUAGAUCAACGCGGACAAAGUCAGUAGCUAUUGGUAUAAACGGAAUAAAAGGAAGAUCAACAAAAAGUCGAUCAAAUAAUCAAGAGGAUCACUUCCUAACAAUUGCACCCGCUUUGCCUAUUUUACCGGGAGCACCAGUACCUCCAAAAUUAUCUAAACGUUGUUAUAAUUCAUUUAGCUUAGCAGAUUCUCCAUUUAACAUAGAACAUGACAAAGUCGAAGGUUCUAACACAGUUACAUUACAAUGGUCAAGUGAAGGAAAAAAUAUUGUGGCAACAAGAACUGCUGCAGAGAAAGAAAAAAAUCCAGAUAGGAUAUGUCUUGACAGACGAGGUCUUACUACGUUUCCAAAUAUAGUUGGAGAGCCACGUUUACGUUUAUUGUCUCUUCAACAUAAUCUUUUAACAAAGAUUGAGAAUAGCAAUUUCUCUAAGUUAACAAAAUUAGUAUUUCUUGACUUGUAUGAUAAUCAGAUAGAAAGGAUUUGUAAUUUUGAAUUAUUAGAAAAUUUAAGAGUAUUAUUAAUUGGAAAAAAUAGAAUUAAAAAGAUCGAAGGGCUGAAGUCGCUUUCUAAGUUAGAAGUUUUAGAUCUUCAUGGCAAUCAGAUUGUACAAAUUUCAGAUUUAAAUAAUCUGGUGUCUUUAAAAGUUCUUAACUUAGCUGGGAAUAAUAUCAAAGUAAUAGGCUACAAUGAUUUUCAAGGGUUAACAGCUCUGAAAGAGUUAAACCUAAGACGUAAUAAAAUAAAAAGAUUAUUAGCUUUUGAUGAAACCCCACAGUUACAGAAACUAUAUUUAAGUAAUAAUGAUAUUCAUAAAAUUGAAGACAUAGGCAGUCUUGCAAAAGCGUUACAACUUAGAGAAAUAACAAUUGAUGGGAACCCUGUAACAUUAACCGGAGACUAUGUUUCUUUCCUUGUAUCAUAUUUACCACAUUUACAGCUUUUAUCAACUAUGCCAAUUACUGAACAAACUCGAAGAGCUGCUAUGGCCUGGAGGACAACAAAAGAACAAAGUAAUUCUACUUUUUUAAAUCUUACUGCACAAGUUUGUAUGAAUGUUCGACGAGAAGAGAUAAUAUCAAAUGCUAAAACAAAUUGGGAAUUUCUUAGAUGUCAUACUAAAUCCUCCACAGAUAAAAGUAACAAUGAAAACAACGUUCGACCCAAUAUGUUAAAAAUUCAAAAAUCGAAUAAAUUUAAUAUGCUGAGACCUCAGAACUUAGAAAAAGUAAAAGCAAAAGAUUUCGGAAGUUUAACAUCUAUAAAUGAAAAUAUAGAAGCGACGAAAAUAAAUAUUAAAAAAAGGAGUAAUUCUAGCGAUAAUUUAUUCCGUUUAAAAGACACAACUAAAACCUAUCCAUUAGAAUUUAAACUACCGCCUAUUUUAGGUUCAAUUGUAGAUAAUUUAAUCAAUACUAAAUUUGAUGACAAAAUAAUUAUAAGCAAUGAAAAUCUAACAAAAGCAAGGACCGGAAACGAUACUGACAGCACAGCGAGUAGCGAUUCAGAAAUUUUUAAAUGCCAUGAAAAUUUCAAGAGUUGUUUGAAACCUCACAUGAUAGACUCUGUUAAUCAUAUUUCUCAAAAUAAUAUUGACAAGUUUCUAACUAAUGAGAUUGAUCCAGCGGAUCUUCUUUCAUCUGCAUUAGAAAUUGCUGCUGAUAUUAAUGAAAAUGAAAAUUGCACAUUAUUCAAAUCUUCUCCAUUAUCAAUAAAUGAGAAGCAAAUUUCAAAAUUUCAUAAUCAACAUAUUAUGAGUGAUUGUCAAUCAAAAUCAAGCAUCGGUUCCUCUGGAUACUGUUCUUUAAGUUCCAAAACCAACAGUAUGGAUAGUUGUAAAUCGGUAUUAAGUGAUUCCAGUACAUCAUCUGUUGCUAGAAGUGUAUUGCAGAAGCAUAAAACUUUAGAGAAAGAUAGAAAUAGAGUCAAGAGUGCUCAAAUAAAGAAAGUAGUGUAUUAUAAAAGUAAUCGAGCAGCAACUGCUAGAGCUAAAUAUAGAGCUAUAGCACCACCAAAUCCAACUCCUGUACAAAAUCUAUCAAAAGAAAGAGAACAAGGAGGAGACUAUUUGAUAGAAAUAGUUGGUCGAUGUUUAAACAUUUAUGGCCAAGGUGCAUUACGUUUUAUUGACCGACCAUGGGAUUCUUCAAAAGCUGAAGAUGUUAAUGUAAUUAAAUUUAAUUAUGUACAGUUUAAUGAUGUGGCCAAAGUUUUAUGUAAAAUAAAAAAUAGAUUUCCGAACAUAGAACAUUUUAUGUUUAAAGAAACUAAUAUUACAUAUCUUGGGCAGCUUAAUGCUUUAGCUGAAGCACAAGGGUUAACAAGUAUUCAUUUAGAAACAGGAAAUCCAAUUCUAUCAAAAGAUUGGAAAGUUUAUGCUAUAUUUCGCUUGGCCCAUUGGGGCCUCAAAGUUAUUAAUGGAAAAGAAAUUACUAAUGCAGAAGUUGACUUUGCAAACAAAGAAUAUGCUGGUCUUGUUGAUAUUGUAAUGUGUUCAUUACCUGAAUCUUUGUUACAACCUUUAUUGCAAAGACUUCAAUUAGAAAAAGUUCAAAAACAAAAUGGAGAACAAAUUACUGCCAAACAAUUUUUACUUAACAGUGAUCCAGCUCUUAGAAGCGUCGUUGCUAAAGAGGCAUUACAGUGGAGAAAAGGAAGUAUAACACAGGAAGAUCUUAUUUGGAGACACAAAGGAAAAAUACAUCUACUAAAUCUAAUAAAUCUCACUGUGGAUGCAAUACAAAAGUUACAGUUACUUGAAAAUACAUGGCCAAGUAUUUUAUACGAAAUAAUUCACUCUACUUUAUCCGAUUUUUCUGAUAUGGAUACAUAUAUGAAACGUUGUUUCAAAACACUUGAAGAUGAUAAAUGAUAAUUAGUUUACUUCGUAUAAAUACAGUUUAAAAUUAGCAAAUUCUAUA